AUGAGCUUUAUUCUUAGGGCUUCCUCGGCUUUAAAAGUUAUCAAUCCCAACUCGGAUGUCGCUCGACGCGGUCAGGCUCUACAGCUCAACAUCACUGCUGCCAUUGGUCUUCAAGAUGUAUUACGGUCUAACCUUGGUCCACGAGGCACUAUCAAAAUGCUUGUCGAUGGUGCUGGUGCCAUUAAGCUUACAAAAGAUGGCAAGGUCUUGUUAAAUGAAAUGCAAAUCCAACACCCAACUGCUGCCAUGAUCGCAAAGGCUGCUACCGCUCAAGAUGAAAUCACUGGUGAUGGUACAACAUCCAUUGUUCUUUUGGUUGGUGAACUCUUGAAGCAAGCAGAACGUUAUGUAUCAGAAGGUCUCCAUCCCCGAGUUGUUACUGAAGGUUACGAUAUUGCAAAGAAGGAAGCAUUGAAGUUCCUUGAAGGAUUCAAGACGGUGAAGGAAGAAAUUGAUCGCGAGUUACUCGUAUCGGUUGCUCGUACUUCAUUGCGCACCAAAGUUCACCGAGCUUUGGCAGAUACCUUGACUGAGGCUGUGGUUGACGCUGUCCUUGCUAUUCAACGCGAUAAUGAACCCAUUGAUCUCCAUAUGGUGGAAAUUAUGAAGAUGCAACAUCGAUCAGAGACGGAGUCAAGAUUGGUGCGUGGCCUUGUCCUUGAUCAUGGAGCACGUCAUCCCGAUAUGCCAAAGAAAUUAUCCGAUGCAUUCAUUUUGACUCUUAAUGUCAGUUUGGAAUAUGAAAAGAGUGAAAUCAAUUCUGGCUUUUUCUAUUCUACUCCUGAACAACGUGAGAAGCUGGUUGAGAGUGAACGGAAGCACGUGGAUGACAAGAUCCGCAAAAUUGUCGAUUUCAAGAACACUGUAUGCUCCGGUGAAAAUGCAAACAAGGGCUUCGUUCUCAUCAACCAAAAAGGCAUCGACCCAUUGUCUCUUGAUAUUCUUGCCAAGCACAACAUCUUCGCAUUGCGUCGUGCCAAGAGACGGAAUAUGGAGCGUUUACAACUUGCUUGUGGUGGUGUUGCACAGAAUUCGGUGGAGGACUUGUCUGAGGAUAUUCUAGGCUAUGCUGGUCACGUGUAUGAACACGUGUUGGGCGAGGAAAAAUACACGUUUGUUGAAGAUGUCAAGGAUCCUUAUAGUGUGACCAUCUUGAUCAAGGGCCCCAAUCCACACACCAUUGCCCAGAUCAAUGACGCUGUUCGUGAUGGCCUUAGAGCUGUCAAGAAUGCCAUCGAAGACAAGUCGGUUAUCGCUGGUGCUGGUGCAUUCCAAGUUGCUUGCUCUCAGCAUUUGCAGGAAUUCAAGAAAACAGUCAAGGGUCGGGCAAAGAUGGGUGUUCAAGCAUUUGCAGAUGCUUUGCUCGUUAUUCCCAAGGUGCUUGCUCAAAACGCUGGUUUCGAUGCACAAGACGUUAUCGUUGCCUUGCAAGAAGAACAACAAGAGGGUCAUAUUGUAGGCAUUGACAUCAAAACUGGCGAGACUAUGGAUCCUAAAUUGGAAGGUGUUUGGGACAACUACCGAGUGCAACGCCACAUGCUUCAUUCCGCUUCCGUAAUUGCCAGCAACCUUUUGCUUGUCGACGAAAUGAUGCGUGCCGGAAGAACAUCUCUCAAGGGUCCUGAUGCUAUGGCUUAG